GUAUACUGUUACCAUUUACGGUAUUUGGUAAUGCUAUACAGAGAAUCAUAGUUGUCAGUUGUUGACAUCGCCCCUAUAUAGUUAAUCCUAAUAAAACUUUGGCUUCAUGUCUUUUUGGCAUAAACGAUUAAUUAGAUUAUCAUGGAAUAUGUGCUCCCAAUACCUUCGGCAUAUAACAAUAUUGACGUUUACUUUUAAACCCAUAUUAUAAGCUUGUUGUAUUUACUAAGCACUGGCUUAUAUUCAAGGUCACUGACAAGUCAACGAUGCCUAGCAAUUCAAAUGUGCUACCUCAACGACGCCUUCGCUUGCUUGCCCUUGAUGGAGGUGGAGUUAGAGGCCUCGUUAGCCUGCUCAUAUUGCAGAGAUUGAUGUACCUUAUCAAUCCUAAAGAACCACCGAAACCCUGUGAUGUUUUUGAUAUGAUCGUUGGGACAAGUACCGGCGGUCUUAUCGCAAUAAUGUUAGGGAGGCUUAGGAUGGACGUGUCGUCAUGCAUUGAGGCAUACAUUGAUAUGUCUAAGGAUGUCUUCAGGAUCUCAUUAUGGACGAAGAUCCUAGGCCGUACCUUCUUCAAUAUUAUUGGCAGGGCAACGUUUGAUCACAAAGUACUUGAAGACAAGAUCCGUGGUAUAGUACGAGACCGUCUUAGGGACGCAGAUGCAGCCCUGCUCGAGGAGGACCCUGAGUGCAAGAUGUUUGUCUGUGCCAGCAUGUUGAACACAGACACCCGACGACUACGGAACUAUCAUUCUAAUAUCGAGGAGGCUUCCAACUGCCGCAUCUGGGAAGCAGCACGGGCAACAUCAGCAGCGCCUACUUUCUUUGACCCCAUCACCUUCAGCAACGGUUGCACAUUUCGUGAUGGCGCGCUUAGGAGUAAUAAUCCGAUAUUCGAGCUUAUCGACGAAGUUCAGACAGCAUUUCCGGAUCCAGAGGUAUCCUGCAUAGUUAGCAUAGGGACGGGAAUACCGGACCCUAUAGCCUUAAGAAAUAGCCUUAUGUCAGUAGCCAAGGCCUACGUGAAGAUUACGACAGAUGCAGAAUCCGUGGCUAGAUCAUUUAAGAAGAUAUGUCUCUCGCCUAAUGCUAGAUUUCAGGACAAGUACUUCCGUUAUAGCCCUACGGGCAUAGGGGACGUGAGGCUCGAUGAGUGGGAGAAGGUGGAUGUCAUGAUAAGUAGUACCGAAUCCUAUCUACAAGAUAUGGCCGAAACCCUCGGGAUUUGUGCGACGCGCCUCAGAUAA